UACAGUUUCCGUUCUCUAAUGCUGUAGGUGUGUUUUGUGGUGCUGCUGUUCGGCCAAUUUGUCGCAGACACAUAGAGGUCAUGUAUUCAUGCGUGCGAAAUCCGUCGAAAUUUGCUCAAAUUUCGCAGCGCCUGGCACUUCAGUGUCGUCUAAGCUCUAAUGUGAAAGAUGUGGAACCUCCCAAAGAUCCUGUAACGCACACCGGGCAGCACUGGGCCAAGGAUGAUUAUCGACUAGUCCGCUUUAUGGAAACCCCUAAACAGAUAAACCCAAAUUUUGCCAUCAAGUUGAUUGCAGAAGUACCUCCCAAGGCAGUCAACGCCCGUACAACAUGGUGUGAUGGCGGCACUGGAGCCCUGGGCCAUCCCAGGGUUUUCAUAAAUUUGGAUGCACCUGGCAACCACACCUGUGGCUACUGUGGUCUUCGAUUCUACCAGGAUCACUCAGCUGAAAACCACUAGGAAUUGGAAUUCUAUUUCCUUGUUUUAAAUUGAAAUAUUAUCUUUUUAAAUUAGAGUUUAUUUGGUUUUUUUUUUCAGCAUACAAGGACUAUGAGAAAUUCGUGGCUCGUCUAAGUGAUUAAUUUUUGGCCGGUUGACAUGGACAUAACACCAUGUGAAGUGUCUUGGCCAAUUUGCCAUUUGUAGUACUCCCCACAGUUACAGGUAUGAGUUGUAAAAUGGAAAUGUAAAAUAUAUGUUAAUAAAGAGUUCAUUGUUCUGUCAUA